AUGCACGCGCGUAGUGCCGCACCAGAGGAUCGUCAGCUUGUGCAUUCUUGGCGUAAGACGGCUUCCGUUGCUACACUAGUCGACCGGUUAUUCGGGGGUAUUAUUGUGAGUUCACUCCAAUGUUCCACCUGUAAUGCGACACGCAUCGGUUUCGAACCAUUCCUCGAUCUCUCCUUGCCGAUACCGGACGGAGUGGUUUCCGCGAACAGUGGCGUACAUAGUGGGCCUUCUGUUGCACGUGAGACCAAGAAAUCUAAACAAGAAGUGAAGCGAGAGCGUAAAAGGAAAAAGAAAAAUUUCAGGCGCGAGUCUUUCCGGACUCCGAGACCCGAAGAAGAUAUUCACUCCGAUCCACCCGCUUCGCCCGAUCGGGUCAUCAGCGACCUCGACGCUGCGGACCCACGCGAUUCCGAUUCCUCUAUCCCAUUUGUGCCAUGUGAAUCACCCAUUCCUCCUACAAAUACCAUUAUUGACUAUACUCCGUCUCCGCAGAAUUCCCAUCAGUUGGAUAAUAUUGAUGGUUCCAGUUGUGUUGGAAGCGAUAAUGAGAAUGGACCUUUGCACUCUGAGUCGCUCUCCAGUUUGUCUUCUAAACACCACAGUCCAACUAAAACAUCCGGCUCAGAUGAACGAGAUGGUCUAUCUGACUGUACCACUGAAUCGGUCCCCGUUCAUCAGUUGUCAAAACUCACCCUUACCCCAACACAGCCCGACCUGUUUGACUCGGACGAGUUGACCCAAGCCAUUCGUUUCUCUCAGCUUCCUUUACGCUCUAGCAAGGCUACCUCAUCUAUUGCUUCCGAUGUUGUUACGCUCGAUGCUUGUCUUGCAAAAUUCACGGCUCCAGAACAUUUGACUGAUCUGAAUCGUUCUGUUUGCGAGGCGUGUUGCGCAGCAAAUAAAACUGCUGAUCGUGCGGGAGUUAUCCACAGCAAGCCGUCUCAAGUUGUGGACUUUAAAAAUGUUGUGCGGCGUGACAUGAUUCUCGAACCUCCGUUUCUACUUACCAUACACUUCAAGCGCUUUCAGCAGAGCGGAAAUCGUCUUCGAAAAUCGCAGAGACAUGUCUUGUUUCCAAUUCUUCUCGAUCUUAGUCCUUUCUGCUCCGCCCUAUACUUGUCCCCGGUGGAUUCCAUGCUUUAUCGCCUAUAUGGUGUUGUUGAACAUAUGGGUUCCAUGACACGUGGACAUUAUGUGGCUUACGUUGCAGCGUCACCAGAUGGGCCAGAAGUUACCAACAGUGGGGAUUCAUUACGCCUUCAGCCAGAUAUGCAGCGAAUACUCAAUAUGUUACAUCGACCUGUCAAGUGGCCUUUAACUCCUCAUGAUCUAGUACAGAGACUUCGAACCUGUGAUCGCGAACAGUUGCUUGAAUCCCUUGCGAGAUCAUCCAGUCUCCCUUUUUCGGAUUCCGAAUCAACAUUCGACCCCAAUUUGAACCCUCCGGAUGGAGGCGCUAACUUAGAUGAUCGCCCGUGGUAUCGAUGUUCUGAUGACCAAGUGACUAAAGUCCCCCUAUCCGAUGUCCUUAAUUGCCAAGCUUUCUUACUGUUUUACGAACGAAUUGCUACGUAACGUUUUCGCUUCACUUAUUGUAUGCACG